AGCCCCCAAACUGUCAAAUCAAUGUCAAACAAACGUGGUGUGGUGUGGAUGAAGUCCAAAAUCUGCGUGAAAUUCUUUGGUGUAGAUCGUAUUCUCAGUUUUUCUGAAGAAUUGGUAAUGUAACUUUGAAACGAUAAUGCAAAUCAAAAUGGAUGAUGAAAGUGAAGGAAUACCAAAAACGGAAACAAAAGUAACUCCUUCAGUUUUGGACGCAUUUGAUUUACUUAGGGCAUCCAAAGAUGAUGAUAAACUCAGCGGUGGUGUUAAAAUUAUUUUCCAGCUACAGAAAAGCGAGAAUGAAAAGGAUAUUAAUUAUGCGUUGAAGAGACUGGUCAGAAGCUUAGGCGCCAAUGUGCCGGACAUGAGAACGGGUUACUUUGCAGCUCUUGUGACCUUAUUAAAAAAACACAGUCAAAUAACUGUGUCUACUCUUCUUGAUCUAAUCAAGAAAGAGCUGCAUGCGAGUAAAUCGUCUAAAAGUGAAGUCGGAGAUGUAGCCCUUGGACAAAUACUCGUGUGUGGUGCUAUUUUCCGCUCGGGGCUAAUGAUUCAAUGCACAGAUGAGGAGCAGAAGGCAGUGAUGGAGUUGCUACUUAAUGCUAGCAAAAAGAAGUCUUAUUUGAGUACGGUGACUUACCUUGUACUUCUGGAUUUUAUCACUGAGUUGGAUGAAGAACAGUUUUCGUCUAUAGUGUGGUCAAACAUAAAAGCGGAAUUCAAAAAGGACUUGAAAGAGCAUAGCCUUGACUCUCUCUAUUUUCUGCUGGUAGCCAACUCUAAGUUUUCAAGUAAGGUCAAGCUGCGGAAACUUAUUGGCGUAACGGAAAUCUUGUGUGAAGACAACAUUCAUGUGAUAUGUGAGAAACUGAUGAUGGGUAUAGAUUUCAAUUCGGUUCGUCAUCCUGUUUACAAAGAAAUAGGCACACAAAUUGCCAACUCACCACAUUUAAAAUUAUUCUGGACUUCAGGCAUUGAUAGCCAGCUUUCGAAGCACAAUAGGAACAGGGAAUUAGCAGCUAUGAACUUACUUAGUACAAUACUCGAAAACAUUCACGAAAACCAUGAAGUUAUACCAGAGUUGAUAAGCACAAACAUCUUUAAAUUACUCAUGGAUUGGUUCAAAGGACUGAAGACAGCAAGUAAGAUAAGGAAUAAAAGGGAUGAUGAGGAUGACCAUAAAAUUAUGAUCAAGAAAGGCAAGGAACUAUUGAAUUUGUUAGCCAAAGUUCUUAAAUCGGAACAAGUGACAAAUUCCAUACGAGUGGAGACUUUGAUUAAGCUGCUCUUCAACCCUGGCGAAAUGAAUUUUGGCGAAGUUACCGGUACAAGUGUAAUCAAAUCAAUAAUAUCUGAUCUAGACAAGGAUGGUGUAAAGAAAAUGGCCAAGUUGUUCAAAGGUGUGCUUUUGAAUACAUCAAAGAAGUUUGUUAAAGAAGAUGUUGAGAGGAACUGGUAUAACAAUGAAAGAGUAAAGGCGGCAGAAUUAUUGUCUUUCCUGGUUAGCCACGAGGCAGUGAAAGAUGACACGGAAUUCAAACUAACUUACAUGAAGCUUCUAAUGUGCUUCGGGUUUUUCAAAAUUGGCGGUGAUGUUAAUGUUGCCAUUAGUAUUGAUUUGUCAGCAUCCAUCAAGUCGUGCUUCUACCGAUGCUUCUCGUCUCGCUUCUCCAAUGUGGACGGAUUAGUUACCGUCCUGUCCUCCCUCUGCAAUUUCGUUUGCAGUAUCUUGGAGAAAGAGGAGGUCAGGAAAAAACUUGAGAAACAAUUCCCAGCAGAAAGCAUGGAAUGUUGGCAGAUGCUGACACAUAUAUGCCAAGAUAUAGAACAAAAUGACUCCAAAUCGAAAGUUGAUAAAGUAUUCCUGAUCUUACUCUAUCAGUUAGGCCUCUUUCUGUUUUCUGAACCCACUCAUGUUAAAGUAUCAAGAAGUUCUAUAAAAGAACUUAAAAGUUGUUAUGAACAUUACAGAAAAGGCAGGAAAAAGAAACCAGGCAAGAUAGAUAGUGAGGAGCCAGAGUGGAUAGAGGUGUUAAUUGAAGUUCUCCUGUCUAUAUUAUCAGUAGAAUCGAGCGUACUUAGGUCUGUAGUACAAUGUGUCUUUAGGUUAAUUUGGGAAUUUUUGACACCAACUGCCAUUGGUCAAAUUAUAUCAGUGUUGGAUCCAGAGAGCGAAUCGAAUCCACUCACUGAAAAUGAUGAUUCCGAAGAUGAUUCCGACAACGACGAUGAUGAUGGAGAAGCUGAUAAAGAAGACAGCAGUGACAAAAAUGACGAUGACAGCGAUGGCAUCAACAGUGAGGCUGAUGAAGAAGAAGAUGAAGAAAUGAAAAUACCCGAUCAGUUGAGAAUGGCUGUUCAGAAAGCACUGGGUACAGCUGUACCUGAAUCUGAUACAGAGAGUGUAGAUGCUGACAUGAUAGAUGAGGAGGAAGGGAAAAAACUAGACGAAGCCCUAGCAGAAGCCUUCAAACAAUUCCAAUCGGGGAAAGCAAAAGGAAAAAAGAAUAAAAAAGAAAGGAAAGACAAAAAGGCAUUGUCAGACUUUAGAAUAAGAGUACUAGAUUUGAUUGAUAUUUAUUUAGAGAAAGAUCCUGCUAUGGAUAUCUGUUUAAAUAUGAUGGCACCUCUUAUGAGAUGUUUAGAAUUCUGUAUGCGAGACAAUCAAUUCAGUGAGUUAGAAAACAGGGUCAGGAAAACUAUAAAGACUUUAACUAAGAUCAGGAAAUUCGCUUCUUCUGAAGGGGUCACUCUUGAUGUUUUGUGUGACUAUUUAAAGUCGACUAUCGAUAAAGGAGAGCGGUCGCAUUUCAUAUUUCAAGCUGUGGGUGAUGUUGUUACUUAUUUCACUAUAUUCAUCAUCCAUUGUUCCCAAAAGCUGGAAGUCAAAGCACCCGUGUCGCCUAAGAAGAAGAAAAAUGUCUCUCCUUUGGUAGUUAUUCUGAAAGAUGCCCUCCAAAGUUAUUUUAAGAAUCGUAACUGUCUUUUGCCUAUAAUAUUUUUCCACAAUGUUUUACAAACCGAGUGGGAAGGUAGCUACGAACUUGUGCCUAUUAUUAUUGAGAAUGUAUUCAAUAGCGAGGUGCGGCAGUUUCGCCGAAAUGAAGGUCUUGAGUUGCUAGCUGGAUUCUAUCGCGCACUGAAAAGGAAUAAACCUGAUGAUAAAACUGCUACUAAGCUAUCUAAUUUGGAAACCAUAUUUGAAAAUACAUUAGUAAGAACUUUGAAAGAUGGCACAGAUUUUGAAGCUAAGAACAAUUAUUUUGUGCUAUUGAGGAAACUUGUUAACGUAAUAAGAAUGUUUCAUGAAAAUUGUCAUCUUGAAACCCAUUUAGAUUUUAAAUCGUUGUUAGAUAUCGUAGGCUCAUGUAAAGGUACAAAUAAAAUUAAAGGAAAACCAGAGUCCUCUGGAGUACAAACAGAGAAUGUAAAAACUCAAAAAACAAAAAAGAAUAAAAAGAAACGUAAAAGAGAAAUGAAUGGUCAUGCCGAGUCUAAUCCUAAAAAAUUGAGGAAAGAUUCAAAUCAAAGUGAAUGAAUGAUUAACACAUAAUGUUUUGUUACUUAUUUAAGUACGUACGUAACAGAUUUUUUUUUAUUUUAAGCGACAAUAAAUCAUAUUGAUAAAACUUUA